GUAGUUUUCCUCCAUGGUUCCUGCCUCUGCUCCAGGACCAGUUCUUGCCUGGACUCGCAAAAUGAAAUAAUUUCUUUUCUCCUCUAAGUUGGUUUGGUCCCAAUUUUAUUACAGCAACAGAGAAGCAAACUAAGACAUGUGGAAAAAGGGAGUCUCAAAUAAGGAACUGCAUGGAUCAGACUGGCCUGUGGUUCAUGAAGCCUGGAGGUGAGAACUCAAGAGACUAUCCUGAUAUGGCAAAGGAAGCAGGCCAGAAGGCAUUGGAAGAUGCACAGAUCCCUUACUCCGCAGUGGAACAGGCAUGCGUUGGCUAUGUGUAUGGUGAUUCCACCAGUGGGCAGAGGGCUAUCUAUCAUAGUUUGGGACUGACUGGCAUUCCUAUAAUUAAUGUCAACAAUAACUGUUCUACUGGUUCGACUGCUUUGUUUAUGGCCCAUCAACUGAUUCAAGGAGGCUUGGCAAAUUGUGUGUUGGCUCUUGGGUUUGAGAAGAUGGAGAGGGGAUCCAUUGGAACAAAAUUCUCAGAUCGGACCACUCCAACUGAUAAACAUAUUGAAGUCUUGAUCGAUAAGUAUGGAUUGUCUGCACAUCCGAUUACUCCUCAGAUGUUUGGGUAUGCUGGGAAAGAACAUAUGGAAAAAUAUGGAACAAAAGUUGAACACUUUGCAAAAAUUGGAUGGAAAAAUCAUAAACACUCAGUUAAUAACACGUAUUCCCAGUUCCAAGAUGAAUACAGCUUAGAAGAAGUAAUGAAAUCAAAACCAGUUUUCGAUUUUCUGACUAUCUUGCAAUGCUGCCCCACCUCAGAUGGUGCCGCUGCCGCGAUUCUGUCCAGCGAGGAGUUUGUGCAGCAGUACGGCCUGCAGUCCAAAGCGGUGGAGAUUGUGGCCCAGGAGAUGAUGACUGACUUACCCAGUACGUUUGAAGAGAAAAGUAUUAUUAAAGUGGUUGGCUAUGAUAUGAGUAAAGAAGCUGCCAGGAGAUGCUAUGAGAAGUCCGGCCUGACACCCAACGAUGUCGACGUGAUAGAGCUUCACGAUUGCUUCUCUGUCAAUGAACUCAUCACUUACGAAGCACUGGGGCUCUGUCCAGAAGGACAAGGUGGAACCCUGGUGGACAGAGGGGACAACACUUACGGAGGAAAGUGGGUCAUCAACCCUAGUGGAGGCCUCAUCUCAAAGGGACACCCACUGGGCGCAACAGGUCUGGCUCAGUGCGCGGAGCUCUGCUGGCAGCUGAGAGGCGAAGCCGGAAAGAGGCAGGUUCCCGGGGCAAAGGUGGCUCUGCAGCACAAUCUAGGCCUCGGAGGAGCUGUGGUUGUCACCCUCUACAGGAUGGGUUUUCCCGAAGCUGCCAGCUCCUUCAGGACGCACCAGGUUUCAGCUGCUCCCACCAGCUCUGCAGGGGAUGGAUUCAAGGCAAACCUCGUCUUUAAGGAGAUUGAGAAGAAGCUUGAAGAGGAAGGGGAACAGUUCGUGAAGAAAAUCGGUGGCAUUUUUGCCUUCAAAGUGAAAGAUGGCCCUGGAGGCAAAGAAGCUACCUGGGUGGUGGAUGUGAAGAAUGGCAAAGGAUCUGUGCUUCCCAAUUCAGAUAAGAAGGCUGACUGCACAAUCACCAUGGCCGACUCAGACUUGCUGGCUUUGAUGACUGGAAAAAUGAACCCUCAGUCGGCCUUCUUUCAAGGGAAACUGAAGAUUGCUGGUAACAUGGGACUGGCCAUGAAACUACAGAACCUUCAGCUUCAGCCGGGCAAAGCUAAGCUGUGAGGAGUCCCUUUGGCAACCUCAGGACAUCAAGAUGAGAUGUGUAGAUAGGUAGAGAUCCACGUCUCGUCGUCAGGGCUUAGACUGACACCUCCCGAAUAGCAUGAGAUAGAUUUGUUGCUAAUUGGGUGUGGUCAAUUGUGUUUCCCCGAAGCUGGGAGGUACAUAGGGCCUCCCUGCCUGCACUGCUGCUUUGAGGACUUGCAUUCUACUGUGCUUGAUGAAGCUACUAUGUCAAUGAUGGUUUGGGGUAAACUUGAGUUUCAGAAUAAAAUUCAGAACAGUAAAAUCUGAAGACUGAGUAAACAAAGCCCUUGUUUUGCUUAGAAGUAUAUUUGAGGAUCACUGUGUUGGACACUCGGUGUGACAUUUCUCCUUGGGGGGACUAGAGAAGAAACAGAUUUCCAUAGUUGACCAGGAAUUAGUGCCUCACACUCAAUUACCUGCAUCAGUUUCUCACUAAUAGUUCUUAAAAUAAAAUUCUGUACUAAAAGUUUAAAAAAAAAACUUUAAAAAUGUUCAUUUUAUGCCAUCAGAAACAGUUCUUUUCUUCCCAAAUAAAAUACAAGAAUUAUGGUCAGAGCUUAAGAGAGAAUUUACAGCUGAACAGAACUGUUUUAAAAUAUUUUUCAAAUGGGCAUCUUUUUAAAAAUCAUAGUAUCAGAGCCAUGGAUACCAUUAAUAAAAAUAACUGAAUAAAGUUUUUUCCAGAGAUACGGGCUUCAAAUUAUAGUUUCAUAUUAAUAAGUGUAUAAACUGAGUCUCACAAAUUUCCUUUUUCAUACACUUGAUUGUCUGCAUUUAUCUUUCUUCCAAGUUUUUCUAAUUCUAAUGCUAUUUGUUAUAAUUUAGGUUUGGGAUAAAAAUAUGCUUUUGGAAGAUUUAAAAAGAAAAUUAAAACAGCUCUUCCUGAUU